GCACUCAGGAAUUGUAAAAAUCAGCAAAAAUGUCACCAAUUGAAGGACCUCUUGUUCUUCUCCAUCUUCUCCUUCUGUUCUCUCCAUCUUUGAAGGUAAUAGCAUUAUCAACAACAGAGGCAGAGGCACAAGCUCUGAUCAAAUGGAAGAACAGCUUAUCUACUUCUCUCAAUUCAUGGUCCUUUACCAAUAUCAAGAACCUCUGCAACUGGACAGGUAUUGUCUGCAACAAUGCAAGAAAUGUUGCAGAGAUAAACCUUCCUGACUAUGGUCUCAAUGGGACACUUGAUCAACUCAACUUCACAGCACUACCAAGUCUUACCCACUUGGAUCUUAACCACAACAAUCUCAUGGGAGCAAUUCCUUCCACCAUUGGCAACCUCUUCAACAUCACAUUUUUGGACCUGAGCAGCAAUUUCUUCAAUGAUUCCAUACCUCCUGAGAUUGGACAGUUAACAGAGCUUCUCAUCCUUAACCUCAGCAAUAACAAUCUUAUGGGUCCAAUUCCUUAUCAGAUUAGCAAUCUUCAAAAGGUAUGGGAACUGGACCUCAGUAGCAACUAUUUAGAAUCACCUGAUUCAUCCAAAUUCUCCGGCAUGCCUCGGCUGAGAUACCUCAGCCUAUAUUUCAAUUCACUUGUUUCAGAGUUCCCAGCUUUCAUUUUCAACUGCCCAAAUCUGGCUUACCUUGACCUCUCACAGAACAAUCUUACAGGUCCCAUACCAGGCUCAUUGGUGACCAACCUAAAGAAGAUUAAAUAUCUUGAUCUUAGUGCUAAUUUCUUUCAAGGUCCACUGCCUGUAAACCUAUCCAUGCUUGUUGCACUCACAGAUUUAAGGCUGGGGUUGAACUUAUUUGAAGGUGGAAUACCCACUGAGAUUGGUUUGAUUUCCAAUCUUCAUACUCUGGAACUCUAUAACAAUUCAUUAGGAGGGGAGAUACCUUCUUCUUUAGGCCAACUCAGGAUGCUUCAGAGACUAGAUCUCCAUGCAGCUGGAUUGAACUCUACAAUUCCUCAUGAACUUGGGUAUUGUACAAAUCUCACCUUCAUAGACCUUUCAAUAAAUUCACUCAAUGGAACCUUACCUUCAUCUCUAUCAAAUCUGACUAAGAUAUCUGAGUUGGGUAUGUCGGCGAACUUCCUUUCCGGAGAGAUCUCGCCUUACUUCAUAACUAGCUGGGAACAAUUGAUUUCAUUGCAACUGCAGAACAAUUCCUUCACUGGUAAGAUUCCACGAGAGAUUGGCAAAUUGAAAAAGCUCCAGUACCUCUUUCUCUACAUUAAUCAGCUCUCUGGAUCAAUCCCAAUGGAAAUUGGGAACCUCAGAGAUUUGGUGGAGCUAGACCUCUCAGAGAACAUGAUCACAGGUCCCAUUCCUGCCACGUUGGGGAACUUAGCACAGCUCCAAGUUCUGUAUCUGUUCGGAAACAAUCUGACUGGUACAAUACCACCAGAGAUUGGAAAACUGACAUCUCUAAUAAUGCUUGAUGUCAACACCAACCAAUUGCAAGGAGAAUUACCAGACACCAUUUCUCACCUUGAGAAUCUUCAGGUACUCUCUGUGUUUAGCAAUGAUUUCUCCGGUGGUGUUCCACAAGAUUUCGGACAGAGUAGUCUCUCUCUAUAUUAUGUAAGCUUUUCUAAUAACAGCUUUUCUGGUGAGCUGCCUCCAGGAUUAUGUGAUGGAUUUGCAAUAGAACACUUGACAACAAAUGGUAACAAUUUUACCGGGUCAUUACCGGAGUGCUUGAGGAAUUGUUCAAUGUUACACAGAAUACGACUAGAAGGGAACCAAUUCUCCGGGGACAUAUCAAAGGUAUUUGGAAUACACCCAAAUCUUGUUUACAUGGAUCUCAGCGGCAAUCAGUUGACAGGAGAGCUCUCACCAGAGUGGGGAAAAUGUUUCAAUCUUACUUAUUUUCACAUUGAUGGAAAUAGAAUUUCUGGCAAGAUUCCAAGUGUGCUUGCAAAUUUGACCAACUUACAAGACCUUAGCCUGUCUUCGAAUGAGCUGUCAGGAGAAAUCCCAGCUGAAUUGGGAGAUUUAGACAUGCUCUUCAAGCUCAACUUGAGUGAUAAUCACUUAACAGGAGUGAUCCCUCAGAAAAUUGGAAGUUUACAAAAGCUCCAGCAUCUUGACUUUGCAGGAAAUAAUAUAACCGGCAGUGUACCUGGAGUUCUUGGGAAUUGCAUCAACUUACUGAUGUUGAACUUAAGCAACAACAGAUUAUCGGGUGAAAUACCAGCAGAGUUAGGCAAUUUGAUUUCAUUGCAGUCAUUUCUAGAUCUGAGCAGAAACUCACUCUCAGGAGGAAUCCCUCCUACUCUGGGGAAGCUGAGCUCGUUGGAGAACCUCAAUCUCUCCCAUAACAACAUCUCAGGCAGAAUUCCAACAGAAUUGUCCAGCAUGAUUAGUCUGCAAGUAAUUGAUCUCUCCUACAAUGAGUUGACUGGUCAGUUGCCAAAUGGAAAAGUUUUCCAACAACAAACAGCCGAGGCCUUCAUUGGAAAUGCAGGCCUAUGUGGAAAUGCAAAAGGAUUGCCAUCUUGUAAUUCUGCAAGCAGAGGAUCCAAUGACCAUUAUAAAGUCCUUAUAGCUGUCAUUCUCUCAGUUGGCAGCACUUUUAUUUUCGGAGCCAUGAUUUUGGGACUCGUGGUCUUGAGCAGGAAAUCAAGACAGCAGGAUGAAAAUACCGAAGGUACCAAAGUCGAUGACAGCUAUCAGUCACUGAUAUGGGAAAGAGAAGGAAAAUUUACAUUCAAUGAUAUUGUGAAAGCUACUGAUGAUUUCCAUGAGAAUUAUUGUAUUGGGAAAGGAGGGUUUGGGAUUGUUUACAAAGCAGUCCUCCCAGCAGGUCAGAUUGUUGCCAUUAAAAGACUGAACAUUUCAGAUUCUAGUGACAUUCUUGCAACGAAUCGAAAAAGUUUUGAGAAUGAAAUCCAUAUGUUAACAGAUAUCCGGCACAGAAAUAUCAUUAAAUUGUAUGGAUUUUGUUCUAGUAAGGGUUCUAUGUAUUUGGUGUAUGAGUAUGUAGAGAGGGGUAGUCUGAGAAAUGUUCUUUAUGGGAAAGAAGGGGGCGGGGAGCUGGAUUGGGAGACGAGAGUGAAGAUCAUCCAAGGGGUAGCCCAUGCCCUUGCUUAUCUGCACCAUGACUGCAACCCCGCAAUUGUGCACCGGGACAUAAGUAUUAAUAACAUUUUACUGGAAACAGGGUUGGAACCUCGGCUUGCGGACUUUGGAACAGCAAGACUGUUGUUCCCUGAUUCAUCCAACUGGACAGCAGCGGCUGGAUCUUAUGGCUACAUGGCCCCAGAACUAGCAUUUACAAUGAGAGUCACAGAGAAGUGUGAUGUUUAUAGCUUUGGGGUGGUGGCAUUGGAAAUAAUGAUGGGAAGGCACCCAGGAGAGCUCAUCUCUUCUCUAUCUUCAAAAUCAUCUAAUGAUUGUGACUUACUGUUGAAGGAUGGAUUGGACCAAAAACUCCCAUCUCCAACAGGCCAAUUGGCAGAGGCUGUGGUUUUUGUAGUUGCAAUGGCCCUAGCAUGCACAAGUACUGAUCCAGAGUCACGACCCUCCAUGCGUUUAAUUGCACAAGAGUUGUCCUCUCACAACCAGGCAUAUCUGUCUGAACCAUUUGGCACAAUCUCCAUGAAUAAAUUAACAGGCUUAAAUAAAUCUUAGGUUAGACUUCGAUCCAUGAAGGAUUCCAGCUUGUGUUCAAAUUCUUCAAUGAUACCAUUGUAGUAGUAUCAAUGGAUGACAUUAAACUCUCUCUCUUUUA